GAGGUAAGGGCGAUAUGGAUCUGGGAGGUGAAAUGGUGAGGAAUGGUCGUUUCGGCUCGAUGAGGAGUUCCCUAAUAUUCCCGGAUCUUGUUGUUGGUAUGGCAUGGGAGGUUUCUUUGACCCAACAACACGUUUCUUUGGUCGACAUGAUCCCCCCUUCUUUGGCCAAUACCCUGGCAUCAUUCAGAGGACAGAAAACCAUCAGGUUGUCGCGGUGACGAUGCAGGAAAUUCUCCGCAAAAGCAAGGGCGAUGUUUUAUCCAAGUCCGUUGUCUAGGCAUUGCUAUCGUUCAUUGCUCAAUAUAUGGGCGGAGACAACUGCAUACGCCGCAGCUCGGGGUUAGCGACGCUUGGAUAUUCCGCACUGAGCAUUAUCGUCUGCGUGUUGUGGUGGCAUAAGCCCCCUGAUGUCAAUUCAAGUGACACUCCGAUUUCCCAACAAUCAGGUGCCUCCCAUGCAAUGCAGGUUUCUCCUUUCACUGGAUUGGAUAAUGGGUGGAUAUUUGUAAUCACCGGCACCAUCUUUGGUGGAGUUCACUAGGUUCGACAUGGUCUGUCCCUUUUCCGACACACGCGGAAUCACUCAUAUGGCGCAUAUAUAUAUCACAACGAGCCCCUUCGAUCAGAGGUUUCACCGUUUCCACGAAGUUGGUUGGGCCAUGACGUCGUCACCCGGAUCAUCCUUUUUACGUACUUUGACAUUCGCAUCCCUCCGCUCGAUCUAAUCUAUAUCGAACGCCAUCUUGGUCUUCCAAUUUAUUCCCCGUCUUGGAUAAGAUGUACUUAUUCUUCAUCAUCUCACAUGUUGUGUCGGACGACAGUUGCAGGGGCCCGAUUACAAGAAAA